AUGGGGCGACUCACGGCAUUGGGUUUUAUAGCGCUUAUAUCAUCUGUGGCAGCGGCUCCUACGCCACAAGUGUGUUGCGUAAUCCCGGAUCCCUGCCCGCAACCUUGUCCCCCGCCGAGUCCUCCACCAUGUCCACCGCCAUGUCCACCGCCAUGUCCACCACCGUGUCCCCCACCCGGUCCACCAAUAGGUCCUCCAAGCCCAUGUGAUGUACAGCCGACAACUACUGGCGAUGGACCAAUAAGAGUGACGAUCCAAAGAAGUAACACUGCGGAACAGCUCAAAUCUGCCGGUUUCCAGGCUGUCCCCGUUGCUGGAGGGGUAUUCUUUACUCGUACUAACCCUGACGUCAUGAUUCAAUUACCACCAAUCCUCGUCAGACCUGCUCCACUUAAACCUAUCCAACCACCAUGUAUAGAAGUCCAACCACCUCAAUUACCUCCAAUAACGCCGCCUCCUAUCUGUGUAAGACCAGCACCGCUACCACCAGUGUGUGUGCCACCAAUUUGUGUCAGACCACCACCCUUAGCUCCGAUCUGUCCUCCCGCAAUAAUAGUCAGACCACCAUGCCCCAAACCUGUGCAACCCCCAGCGAUCACUAUCAGACAACCAGAUUCGCAAGUGAUUAAUCCUCCACAAAUAGUCGUACGGCCUGCAGCUCCCGCCAACAUUCAACCACCUACAAUUGCCGUCUGCACUUCUGCAAUUAAUAGAGGAGCAAACUCUGAAGGAGGAGAAGGAGGAGCAGGAGGUUCUGACGUAAAUUGGUCUUAUUCUGGACCUUGUUCAGACCCCUGUGCUCCACCAUGCUCAGACCCUUGCCCGCAACCAUGCCCAGACCCUUGCCCACAGCCAUGCCCAGACCCUUGCCCACAACCACCCUUGUUUCUGAAC